UCCCGAGGCGCGGGGCCUGAGGCGGCCGGAAGCGGAACGCGCGCCCGCAGGGUAGGAGACCUGGAGCUGCAGAACCCGCCCGCCAGAGUCGUAGUAAUGGAUGGGGAGUAGCCUUCCCAUUUUCAACACAUAUCUCAUUCUAAAUUGACGUUCUGGUGAGCUGGCCGAAGAAGGAGAAAGACCCGCGGAUCCGACCUCUGACCUCUAACCCCGGACGCACUUUGAUUUCGCCGGCUUGCGCUGAAGGCUGACUCCCUGGGCCGCAGCCUGGCGGGGGAGCCGCCUCUGGGGUGUCCCCGGCGCGGGAGGGUGCUCUGGUUCAGGCAGGUUCCCGUUGCAGCGGGGUUCCCCCGGUUGGGAGGAAUGCCCCUGCCGAGGGGAUGCUCCGGCUGGAGGGGGUGUCCCUAACGGCGGGGAUGCCUGGACUGGCGGGGGUGUCCCACUGGGGAGGGUUUCCCGGUGGGGAGGUGCCUGGCGGGGGAGCGGCUCCGGCUAAGCAUGGGUGUUCUGCUAGGAGGAUGUGUCUGGCUGGGGGCGGUGUCCCAACCGGGAGGGUUGCCCUGAUGGGGGAGGUUCCGCAGUUGUGGAGAUGCCAACUUGGGGGGUGCUCCGGUUGGGGGGUGUGCCCUCUCUGGUUACCCCGCUCUCGCUACCACUCAUAUGCCUGCUGCCCAGAUAUGCACAAGCCAAGGCCUUUUCUGCAGACCAAGUAGCCUUCCCUGGAGAGCGCCCCCAGCACCACGGAAACUAUCUAUAUGCCCCGCGGUGGCCAGCCCGCCUUAUCCCAGCCCCGAGACCCAAAACAAGAAGCAUGGACUGAAUUUGAGGUUUCUGGAUGGUCGCGUGAACCGAGGGGACGGGUACUGGACUGACAAGAAAUGAGCCUUGAAGGUCAAUCUGGGUGACACCCGAGUCUCCUGAUGGAAUUUCACUAUGUUGCCCAGGCUGAUCUGGAACUCCUGACCUCAAGCGAUCCACCUGCCUCAGCCUCCCAAAGUACUGAGAUUACAGGUGGGAGCCACCGUGCCCGGCCUGGUCCUGUGCAUUUUAUAGAUAAGGUAACUGACAAACCUAGCCACAGUCACCCCUUCACCCUACAGGAGAAGUGGAAUUUGAACCCAGAGCCUUCUUCACCACCACCUCCAUUGUUUCUGGAAGCACCCUCCAGGCAGGCCAGCCAGCAUCACAGGGCCUCCCUUGGGGCUGGAACGUCUGCAGGAUGCCCCUUUGAGAAAUGCUGCUCCACAGAACCCUGCCUUUUAGGCCUUGGAGACGUGGGCAGGGGAGAAGCAGCGUCCCUCAGAGCCAGGCCUGGCAGUGGUGCCAGCAGGGGCCGAGGCCCAGGGAGCAGGGUCUCCUGUCAGAGGGACCUGGGCAAGCCCCUCCAUGUGCCAGCUGGUUUCUCAGCAGGGGAGGUCCACACCAUGCCGCCUGGGAACCUGGGUGCCUAAACGCAACAGGAGCCGAGGCACAAAUUUAACCAAACACCAAAGUUGCGUGAGGCCCCAGUUCGUGAGCCGGGCUCCAAGGACAUGUCCUUAGGCAGCUCUGGAAGGCCCAGCGCCAGCCCCCGUCCUCUGUUAAAGGGAACCAGCCCCGCGGCUCCGCCCCAGGCAUGGUAGCCUGAGCGCACCCUCAGGGUAGUAGGGGCACCUGAGGAGCAGGGUCUGCCCUGGCAUGAGCAGAGCCCAGGAUGGGGUCAGGGUCAGGCCCUGCCAGAGGCUGGAGGGUGCCCAAGGCGAGGCCGGUGAGGCCCAGCUCUACAAAUAAAGUGUUUUAUUUACAGGA